UGGUAUUUAAAUAAAUUAAAUACAGGUCGCGCUUGAUUUUUCUUUGGUUAUGUAGUGGACACAAACCAUUUCAAGAGAUAGGCUAUACCAGUGAAACUACUUCUAGCCUACUACUAAUACACUGUAGGUCUAUGUAUCUGCCUGCUUUCAGUGUUCAUUACCGAAGUGUGUGGGGAGUGGCUCACUGUUUGGUAAGACAGGAGAGAGUGGCAGUGCAGGGUAAAGCCUUUAUUUCAGGGCAGUGUUCUCGCCUGCUGAUCCCUCAUGGCGUAUGCAGCAUACUGGAUGAGUCUUUCGCAGCCUGGCCAGGCCACACCUAAACUGGCAGCCCAGGUCUCCACUGUGAAGCCUGCACAGUUUGAGACUGCGGCUGUCUCCCAAGUCAAAGCCCCAGCUACAGGUCCAUCUCCUGCUGGUGGAGUGGCUGCAGCCGCUGGCAUCGCAGCGACCACUGCUGUGACCGAAACCAAAGAGUCACCCAAAGGCACAGCCAAGAGUGCCACUACCACCACAACAGUCAAAGCUGAUGUGCAUAAAGUUGAUCCUGCUAAAACAUCACAGCCAGUUGCCGUGACUGCAGCUGGAAAUGUAUCUGUGCAGGGGAAGAAAGAAGCUAAACCGACUCAAACGAAGGUGCAGGUAGAGGUUCCUCCCGCAGCAGCUAAAGGAGCCAAAGAGGUGGAUCCAUUGGAUGCCCUGGCUAGCAUACUGCCAUCAGCUGAUUUCGCACCCAAACAGCCUGUAUACAGCGGGCCAGAAGUCAGAGAGCAUGAAGUCACCUCUGAAAAGGGUCAGAAGUGUGGAGAAAAAGACAGCACGCUGCCUCCAGGCUACAGAUUUGAAAAUAUGCCUCCAGUUCCUGCAAAUGUUAAACCCAAGGAUGUCCCUAAACCAAUGAGCACAGACGAUGCCCUGGAUUCUCUUUCAGAUGGAUUCAUGGCUUCAACCGUUCCAGCUGCACCCAAAAAGCAAGAGAAAAAGGACUAUGUUGAGAGUGUCAGUGCCUCAUCUGCUGGCCCUGCUAACUUUGCACCACCUCCUGUAAAGAAAUCUGAAAUCCCUGCUGCCGUUCCCCCUGUGGCUGUGUGUCCUGCUCCUCCAGCUGAUAAAAAAGCCAAGAUAGAGAAGGCUACGGGUGAUUUCUCUCUGGAGGCUGGGCUUCCCUCUGCUACUGCCAAGAAAAGUGUACCUCCUGUGGCUGUUUGUCCUGCUCCUCCUGCUGAUAAAAAAGCCAAGACGGAUGGCUCUCUGUCUCUGGAUCCUUUCAGCGCUCUCAGUGACACAUUGCCAGCAGACCAACCAAAACCUGAACUCCCAAAACUCAGACCUCAGGACAUCGUCUCGGAGGAUAAACUCAAGAAGGAGAAGGGCGUGUUUGUAGGAGAGAGGGAGGACUCACUUCCUCCACAAUACAGGUUUAAUAAGGACAAACACCAAAAUCUGCCUGCUCCUACACCUGAGCCCACCAUAGAUGCUGGUGAGGCUCUGGACUUUUUGUCUGAAGGCUUCACGACCUCCUCAGCAGCGCCUGCUGUCCAGGCGCCUCCUGCAAAGAAAGCAGUUCCUCCUGUGGCUGUGUGUCCUCCUGCUGACAAAAAAGCCAAGAUGGAGAAAGUCAAGGAUGAUUUCUCUCUGGAGGCUGGAAUUACUUCUUCUACUGGCAAGAAAGUUGAGUCCUGUGCAGUUCCCCCUGUGGCUGUGUGUCCUGCUCCUCCUGCUCCUGUCACAGUAAAGAAAACUGCUGCUGGAAAGGACGCCACUGACGGCAAGCUCAAGACUGGUCAGGAUGGCUCUAUGUCUCUGGAUGCUCUCAGCGCUCUUGUUGACACGUUGCCCGUAGACAAACCAAAACCUGAACUCCCCAAACUCAGACCUGAGGACAUCGUCUCGGAGGACAAACACAAGAAGGAGAAGGGCGUGUUUGUAGGAGAGAGGGAGGACUCGAUUAAUCCAAAAUACAGGUUUAAUAAAGAUGAACUAAAAAAUCUGCCGACUUCUAAACCUGAGCCCACCAUGGAUACCGGUGAGGCUCUGGACCUUUUGUCUGAAGGCUUCAUGACCUCUUCCGCAGCUCCUGCUGUCCAUGCUGCUCCAGCAAAGACCAAAGUAGAGGAUUUGUCAGCUCUGGAUCUACUCUCUGGAGAUUUUGUUGCUCCAACUAAAGCUUAUGGAGUUCAGGCAGAAGGGGUCAAGACACCACAGGAUGGCUCUCUGUCUCUGGAUGCUCUCAGCGCUCUCAGUGACACGUUGCCCGUAGACCAACCAAAACCUGAACUCCCAAAACUCAGACCUGAGGACAUCGUCUCGGAGGACAAACUCAAGAAGGAGAAGGGCGUGUUUGUAGGAGAGAGGGAGGACUCACUUCCUCCACAGUACAGGUUUAAUAAGGAUGAACUCAAAAAUCUGCCUGCUCCUACACCUGAGCCCACCAUGGAUACCGGUGAGGCUCUGGACCUUUUGUCUGAAGGCUUCAUGACCUCUUCAUCAGCUCAUGCUGUCCAUGCUGCUGGCAUCACCCCCUCAGCUCCUCCUGCACAGCCCUCUGCAGACUUUGCUCUGGAUGCCUUAGCGGGAGAAUUUGUUUCCUCCACUGCCGCUUCGACGGUGAAGUCCACUGCUUGUGUUCCCACAGAAACUGCCAAAGAGCUAUCCGGAGGAGCAGGCAGUGCCUUGGAUGCUCUGUCAGACACCUUGAAGGAUAUCGCACCCGCCCCUGAACCUGCCCCACUUCCUGCCAAAGACAUUGUCAAGGAGAAAAAGGUUGUCGAAGAGAAGCUGAUUAAGAUGGGCGAGAGAGACGACUCGCUGCCACCAGAGUAUCGACCCACUGAGAAAGAUCUUAAGAAAACAACAGAAGCACAGGCAAAAGCAGCUGCCGCACCCAAGGGGAAGACUAUGGAUGAUAAAACAGCCAUGGACCUUCUGUCCAGCGACUUCUCUAGUGCUCCCAGGACCAUUGACCCAGUCACAUCACCUGCUGGCACCAUAAAGCUGGAUCCUCCUGUCCUGGACUCAGGGCCCUUGAAGCCAAUGGCUGGUACUGUCCUGGAGUCCCUGUCUGACACCCUGCUCCCAGACGCCCCAGAGUUCAAACCUAAGACGGACAAACCAAAGGGCAAGAGCAAGUCAAAGUCAAAGUCUAAAAAACACCAAGCAGAGGAGCCAUCUGCCGCUGACCAGCUAUCAGAUCAGCUUAGCUCAGACGUUGUGCCAACAUCUACAAAGAAGGGAGGCAAGAGCUAGACCACUUGGUUGUCAGUAGAAUCC